AGCAGUCUUCGUGUGCAGGAAAAAUUGAGAGCGGGAAAGUGGGAUUUUCGAUUAUUGAUGCUGGCUUUCAAGUGCUUUGAGUUUCGAAGGUCACUAGUGGAGUUGUUCCCGCGCCAGCUCAACUUUCAGAAGGGUCCGAUUCUCCGCAAGCUGCGCGAGGGCGGAUACCGCGCUGGAGAUUGCUCAGCGAUUCCUGUUGCCGACGAGCGUCCUCAAAUGGGGAACUAUUGGUUGCUCAAAACGGAGCCGGACUGCUGGUCCUGGGACAAUCAGACGGCUAACAAGGGUAUGUCCGUGUGGGACGGAGUGAGGAAUCACCAGGCCCAAAAUGCCAUGAGGAAUAUGGUCGAAGGUGAUCUGUGCUUCUUCUACCACACUGGAAAGCUCAAGGAGGUGUGCGGAAUCGUCCGUGUCGUCAAGCCCUUCUACCCUGAUCCCACCGAUGACACGGGAAAAUGGGGAGCUGUCGACGUCCAAGAGGUUGUAGCCCUGAAGAGCCCAGUCACACUGGCGCAGAUGAAAGAGGACGACGAGAUGGCGGACUUUUUGAUGUUCCGGCAGCCGAGGUUGUCCGUGGUACCUGUGGAAGAGGACGUGUGGACCAGAGUGUGCACUUUGGGAGAAGUUGAACCUCCGUUGCUUGAAUCUUCUGGUGAAGAAGGCAAGAAGCUAGCCCAUGAUUCGAAGGAGGUCGACGCCCAAAAGCAGGUUGUCAAACGACCUGGUAGUGGCAGAAAGAAGUCAGCUGACGAUGGGGAGAAUUCUGUACCUAUCAAAGAAAUCAGGAAGCAGCCCAUCCGGACCAAGGUGAAGCCACAACCUGUCGUCACGAAGGACCAGUCCAAGGCCACGAACGCGACGAAGACUUCAUCAUCCAAGUCCGGAUCUAGCGUUAACGGGAAUGGUGUCGAAGAGAAGACGCAACCGUCCAAAGUAGCAAGAAAGAGAGGAAGGCCACCAAAAGCUGCAGCCGAGGAGGAGGAGAAAUUGCCGUCUGCCAAAGAGAACAAGAAGCCAGCGAUGAAAACAAUGGCUGCUGCAGCCGACAAGCCAAGGAAGAGACCGGGGAGGAAGCCCAAGAAGGCAGCUGACACAAAAGAGGUGGCUAGCGAGACGUCGGAGUAGAUGAUUUUGGCUUGAGAUUGCGAGAUGCGUCGUUACAUUUAUUCAUAGGCUUGGCUGUUGUCGAUCGACAUUUUGUGUUCACACAAUAGUUGUACUCUGAGGCAAUGCACCCGCAUGCAUGCAUGCAUGCACGGGCUGGUAGAUUUUGUAUAUAUCCUGUGCUUCGUUUUGGCGCGAAGAUUGCCGCUCCGAUGUGUGCAGUUGUACUCUGUUGCUUGUACUUUACUCGGGGAUAAAAGGACUGCCCCAUUGUGUAAAUCCGGGGCAAUUCUUGGCAGUUCUAGAAAUUUUCCCGAGUCUGAGUGGGUUGUUCUGUUUUGCGUGUUGAAGCUUUGAAAAAAUUUGAGAGUUGGUUCACGUAAUAUUCUUGAAGUACAGAGAGCCCAAACUGUAGAGCGCGUAAGCUGUCUUGUAGAAGAUUUUAUACAAUUUAGUAUUGGAACUUCAAUCUUUUGCCUGCAGAGUGAAACUGUUGUCAGCGCAGAGUAUUCUUCUUUGAGUCAUUCCAUUACCUGUAAACGAAAGAGUUGGCCAUCAAUGGAUACAGAAGCAAUCUAUGC